GCCCAGGAACUCGGAUGAGUUCAAAACGCAUCGUAUUGAUCACGUGUACCUAGGUCUGACAUUUGCAUACACGUGUACCGUGUACGUGACUUUGCAUUUGUCCAGUUAGGAUAAUAAAAAUCCCUUGGUUCCACAUCACAGCCAGUGGCAAAAUCGUAGCCUUCAAAUCAGAUUUAGCCCAAAUUUAGGGGCAACGACUGGCAAAAGCAAACAAACGGCAUUGUCGUUCAGUCCCUCGGCAACAGUAUUAGUAUUAUUAUAAUUUAAUUACUCAGCCUUCCCCUUCCCCUUCCCCUUCCCCUUCCUUGUACCCAUUCUUAAAGUUGAGGACUUCCGCUAAUUUGAAAUUUGAAUUUUGUGCUUUGAAAGUUGUGAUUUUUAUUGAGAGAUCAGGUAAUUGUUUUCGUCCAGUUUGGGGUGGGGAAAGAAGGUUCCUCAGAGUUUUAAAAAACUUUUCUUUUUCAUGAGUCUCCAGAGGUGACUUGCCCUCAAAUUUGUUAACAGAAGAGUAAAUCAAAACGAAAAAGAAAUGGACGGCAGUCGUAUUAAUAGAAGCAGAAGCAGCAGAAAUAUAGUUCCCAUAAGUGAGGUGGUUCAGCAUGUAGACCAGAAGAUAAACUUAGUAGGCAUGGUAGUGGAAUUCUCUUUCCCUAGGAGGAGUAAGGGAACAGAUUGCGUUUUGAUUUUGAAACUUGUUGAUAAGUCACAACAAUCUCCAGAAUUAUCAGUAAAUAUUUUUACUCUGAGAAUGGAGAAUCUGCCUGUUGUAAAGUCUUAUGGAGAUUUAAUUGUCCUCCACAGUGUCACACAGGCUAAAGAGCAUGAUGGGGAGGUAAAUAUUGUUUUUAAGAAAAGAAGUUCAUUUGCCUUAUAUGAUGGAAGAAGCACCGAUGACUUCUCUUGUUAUCAAGCUCUGGGAAGUUUUUCUCUGUCAUGGAGUGAAAGGGAUUGCAUAACAAAUUUAAGGAAUUGGUGGCCUAAUGCUCAACUCAAUUCUGGCAGAAGUGAGUACCUGAUAUCCAUGAAAGACAUUGUAGCUGAUACUUACUUUGAUCUGGUGUGCAAGGUUUUGCAUAUCUCCUAUGAUAUUUCAAAAGGCCAGUGGAUGUUCUUUGUAUGGGAUGGAAUGGAUGCUCCUUUCUUAAGCUUCGAUGGAAAUUUAGUUAAUGAAGAGAAGAAUCCACUUCCCUUGCAAGUUGAAUCCUCUCCUUUAGAUAUUGAUAUUGUAAGAAAAUUUUUUCGUAUUGGGACUGUUUUAAGAGUGUUGGCCGAUCCAUCCCAUGAAAACAUUGGUCUUCAAUUUCAUGGUGUUGGCAAAUGGGUGAGAAUCCGCAACAUGGCUGCAAAAAUAUUUGCAGGAAUGUGGUAUGGUGUUCUGAAUCCUCUUUCUAGGGUUAGAUUUCUCACUGAUGAUGACGUUAGUGUUUUGGAUUGUAGAAGGAAAUACAAAGAAAGAAUAUUAGAAUUCGAUCGGUUACCGUUAUGGGGCCCUGCUCAUGACUUAACUGUGAUAGACUAUCAUCAACCGGAGAAAAUUCAGUUUCUGACGCUGAUGGAUGUCAUUUGUCACAAAGAGGAUAAUGCCAUAUUUUUCUGUGUUGUUCGUGUGGUCGCAAUUCAUCACUUUCAAUGUAAGGAUUUUUGUUCGUUAGAUGAGAUAGGAAAACAUGAGAUGAGGUUGACUCUGGAAGAUUCAACAGCUCGAAUUCAUGCAUUCUUGUUGGAGGAAGAGCAGGUGAACUUUUUCAAUGGCUUCCAUUCUGAUGUUUUGGCUGACAAGAUAAAGAGAUUACUCGGAGUGCCUGAACAUCAAAAUUUGUUGGAUGAAGGCAAAUUUACAAGACAUCCACCCUUAGUAAAAUGUGUUUUAGAUUCAAUAAAAGAUAAUACUGGAAAUAUAAUUUACUAUAUCUGCUGUACAAAGUUGACAUAGUGUAAAUGUAAAUGUUCUUUUUUGCUGCAUACACAUGGCAUGCAAUACUAAAUUUUUUCCAUU